CACGUUUUGUUCAAUGGGCGUUAACAGUUUUAAAAAAUAAUUUAGAUAGUUUAGUACCUAUAUUAUAAAAAUAUAAAUGUACACAUAUUAAAGCAACAAAUCCAAUAGCUCCUCAGUACUUAUCCACUUGUGAAGUAGGCAAUUAGUAAAUCACGGUCGGAGUUAUUCCAUUAAAAUGGCGACCAUCGAACAAUUAAGUGAUAUUCGGAAGCAAUUUAUAUCAUUUGAAUCUAUUUCGGAAUUAUGGAAAAAUCAGCCAACAUACUUAAUAGUCCAGAUGUUAUUUAUUGUGGGUGGAGCAGUAACACUUUUACAUGCACUUACUAAUGGAGGAAGACGUCCUUUACUUUGGUUAUGCAUAAUUUUUCACGGUUUAGUUGUUGAAUGUAUAUGUUAUCUCAUGGCUGAAAUAGAUAAUUUUUGGCACAGUAGUGCACCAAUUAUGUUUUUCCGACAUAGGCUUCCAUUGUAUGUUAUAAUCUUAUAUUCAGUUUUUUACUACAUAGCAAUUGAAAUAGCGUACAGGACAAACAAAACAAAAGUAGGUUUCAUAGCAACUGUAGGAUUAAAUAUAUUUUUAAUUGAUUUACCAUAUGAUAUAAUGGGUAUAAAAUUUAUUCAUUGGACCUGGCAUGAUACAGAUCCAAACAUAGAGGAUCGAAUGUAUUGGGUACCAUGGACUUCAUAUUAUUUUCAUAUGGUAUUUUCUGCAAGUUUUGUUUUUUGGUUUUUCAUAAAAGGUGUUGAUCUUGAUAAAACAUAUACAACCAGAACAGAAACUUCAACUUCUCUAAAAGCAAUAUUCCUUAGUACGCCCUGCGGAAUAUUAUGCUUUUCUGUACUUUAUCAUCCUUUGCAUGAUCUAUAUAAUGUUUCAACACAAAUAAUAAUGAUGUUUUUAAUAGCAUUAUAUAUUUUGUUGUCUAUUUUAAAACGCAAACCUAGAAAAAUGUUUAACCGUCCAUCUAGUAUAAUUUUGUAUCUUAUCGUGUACUACUCAACAUUUUUGUGUUUUGCUAUAUGGGGAAAACCAGAAAAUGAAAUUUCAUUUGGACCCCAUGAAGAAAUUGGUCCAUGUAAUAUUACAGUAUCAUCUUUUGGAACAGAAUUAAAAAAACGUAAAUAUUUAUGUAUUGAAGACUAUAAUGAAGAUUUUGAUUUCCACUGUGUGGAAGAUGUUCCUGCUCAAUAUAGCAAAAUUUAUACAAUAUGUGGAACACCUUUUAAAAAUCGGAUUGAAUAUAUUGUUCUAAUAAUCACAAUAAUUAUAAUAGCAUUUACACAAUUUAGUGAAUCAUUCAAAAUAAUUAAACAGAUUAAAAAACCUCAUUGAUUAGGUAUAUCAAGUUUAUUAUUAAGCUAGAGGAAUAUGAAAAUAAUAAUAAUAAUAAUAAUAAUAAAUUGUUUACAAAAAAGAUAUUACUGUAAAUAUUUCAUAUAUAAUGUUCUGUACAUAUAACAUUUAUUUGCUUAAUAUAGUUGAAUUCUUGAUAUUGUUCUAAUUGAUUAUAAAUUUGUAUUUAUAACAAUUUUUUUAAUACGGCUAGUAUAGUGAUAAAAAGAAAAUGUUUGGUAUUGAGGUUUCAAAAACUAAUGAUGUACAUGAAAUGUUGAUUUAUAAAUAAAAUUUAAACUUAUGUAUAAAAUAUAAGUAGUUAAUAAUAGUUAAAAUAAAA